UUCAAAAUUUGAGCUUCUGAGUUUCUUCCUUCAAAUUUAAUCUUUCUAUCAAUCUUCAAUCCAUGAUCACCACCAAGAAAGCCGCAAACGCCGUUGGCGGCAAGACUGCUCGAGCCUGCGAUAGCUGUUUACGCAAGCGGGCUCGAUGGUACUGCGCUGCCGACGAUGCUUUCCUUUGCCAAGCAUGCGAUUCAUCGGUACAUUCAGCAAACCAGUUAGCAAGCCGGCACGAAAGAGUUCGGCUCGAGAAAGUAACUUCUAAAAAAGCCACAAUUAACUUGGCUAAGAUCGAUAAUUUUGCACCGGCUUGGCAUCAGGCGUUCACCAAAAAGGCUAGAACACCACGACAUGCAAAGCCGGUGCAGAAAAUCACGAACUCUCUUCCUCUAGUCCCAGAAAUCAGUAGCGAAGAGGGUUCGCCAGAGGAGAAUAUUGAACAACUUCUUUAUCGUGUACCGGUUUUUGACCCAUUUGAUACCGAGCUAUGUGGGGUUGAUAAUAAAGUGGCGAAUGAACAAGCUGAAAGUGUCGUGGGCGGCGAACUUAACGGCGGGCACAAUGAACCAUGUGAUUUGGAUAAUUUUCAUGGGUUUCUUCCACCGGAUAUGGAUUUAGCAGAGUUUGUUGCCGAUGUUGAGAGCUUAUUAGGGACGGGACUCGAUGAGGAAUCGUUUGGGAUCGAAGGGUUAGGACUUUUAGACUGUAAAGAAGAAGAUACUAUGGAGAAUACUUGUUUGGAAGGUAGGAAAGUUAAAGUUGAAAAUGAAGAUGGAGAUGGAGAGGAUGUUGUGGGUUGUCAACUGGGUAUGGAGAUGGCAAGAGAGACAAUAGAUUGGAACUUCGAUUAUGAGUCUCCAGUGACCGGAGAGGAAGAGAAGAUUAUGGUGGUAGCAGAGAUGGAGACGAUGAACGGUGAAUGUAGAGAAGAAGUGGAGAGGAAAAUAUUUCUGAGGCUGAAUUAUGAGGCAGUGAUCAGUACUUGGGCUAGCCAAGGGUGUCCUUGGACAACCGGAAGCCGACCGGAGUUGAACCCUAAUGACUGCUUGCUGGACUUCAUGGGUUCUUCUUCAAAUCCAUGUGUGGGGAUAGGAGGAGGAAGGCAUGGGAGAUGCGGCGAUGGGGAGAGAGAAGCGAGAGUGACGAGGUACAGAGAGAAGAGAAGGACGAGAUUGUUCUCGAAGAAGAUAAGAUACCAAGUUAGGAAACUCAAUGCCGAGAAGAGGCCCAGAAUGAAAGGUCGUUUCGUUAAGAGGUCAUCCUGCUUUGCAGCAGGAGGCCCUGCUUUCCCUAAUUAUUUGAUCAACAAAUAAUGGUCGGUCAACUGCCAAAUUUGCUUCUUUUUUUUUUUUUGUGUGGCAAAAUUGGAAUGUUUUUGUUUGCCUUUUAAUGGCCCUCAUCAUAUAUGUAUAAUGCAAUAAAAGAAAGUAGUUUUAUGCAA